GAGCGGCGGCCAUGUUGUCUGAUACUGUUUCCGUGAGCGGCGGCCAUGUUGUCUGAUACUCUCUUCUCGUUUCAGUGAGCAGCGGCCAUGUUGUCUGAUUCUCUCUCCUUGUUUCAGUGAGCGGCGGCCAUGUUCCUCUCGUCCCUCUUCGACUGGAGUGAGCGUUGCUCAACCCUGGCUCCCCGCAGCGAGGAGGAGCUGGUCACCAACACGCUGACCCUGGAGCUCAGCGCGCAGCUGAAGCGGGCCGAGAAGAUGCAGCGGGAGCGGGCGGUGGAGUGCAAGCGCUUGAAGCAGGGGGUGGACUACAGCUGGCUCAUGGCCCAGCCCAAGCUCGGCUACCAGAUACCCCCCGGGGAGCACCUGGAGCUGCAGGAGCUGUGCUCCAAGAUCAAGCCCUCCCAGUGUGGGCCUCUCAUUCUCAGGUAGGCCAGGGUGCUGGAGUAGGCCA